CAUUUGGGGUAUAUAUAGUCAUGCAUGGAUAUGUGUUAUUUGUUUUAGAUUAAUGGUAAAAAUGAGCUGUUGAGUAAUGUUGUUGCUGAUAGAAAACUGUUGAACUGCGCAGAGUUGAGCUCAGUCGAGUCUGGAACAAGGAGAGGGCAGAAAGCGGAGAUAUUGCUCUGGGUUUUAUUAUGCUUAAUUUGCUCAGUAUCUGUCUAUCAAACCGGUCGGAUCCAUGGUGAAGAGAAAGAAAACGUCGUCUAUUACAGAUGAGCAUGAAUUUGGCAUGACCACGGGCUCUAGGGAGGGGAUCGGUGUCGAUGAGGGCAGGAAUCCGUCUAAAAAUCCCGAAGGUUGUGACGAGGAGGAGAGCGGAGAGCAGGCGAGCGAAGAGCACAGUACAAAGGGAGACGACGGAGUGGAAAGUCUUAAUCCAUCAGCAACUGCUCUGAACCUGGGUCCAGCUCCCGUGCAUCCCGCGACUGAGCCGAACCGAACCGGACACAUCGCGACCCAGCAGCCACAUGCUCCAGCCGAGACCACGCAAACGUGCCCAGACCAACAUCAUUUUCUACGCUCAAGCGUCCGACCUCCAAGCAAACGCAUACGGAAGGAUUCAGUGGGCACGACCAUCAAUGGACAUGGCGGGGCAAAAACGAAAGGUGCAGAAAAUGGCUCUAAUCAAGUUUCAGUGGGACAGUCGGGGCCUGCGUCUAGUUCCUCUGGAGCAUCCAAAUCAACCAAGGGUCAGGCAUCUGUGGAGAAGGAUGAGGGGAACCAGAAGCGCGCCCGACGUCAGUGGGAGUCCUGGAGUGCAGAGGACAAGAACAGCUUCUUUGAGGGACUCUAUGAGUAUGGGAAAGACUUUGAGGCUAUCCAAAACAAUAUUGCAAUGAAAUACAAGAAGCGGGGCAAACCAGCAAACAUGGUAAAGAACAAGGAACAGGUUCGACACUUCUAUUACCGCACCUGGCACAAGAUCUCCAAGCACAUUGAUUUUGCCAAUGUGUAUUCUCGUGCCCUGAAAAAAUCCUCUCAAGAACUCUAUGGUCUCAUCUGUUAUGCAGAGCUCCGCAAGAAAGUUGGUGGAAUGAUGGAUGAUAAGAACGUGGCAAAGCUGAAUGAACUCAUUCAGCAAGGGGCUACAACCGUGCGCUCCAAGGGGAGGAACUUGAGGAUUAAGGCACCGAUGUGCCGAGCCCUGAAGAAACUUUGCGACCCAGAAGGUGUGAGUGAUGAAGAGGACCAAAAGCCUGUGCGCCUCCCCCUGAAGAUGGCAGUAGAGCUGCAGCCCCGCACCUCCUACUCCUGGGCCCGUGUGCAGAGCCUGGCACACAACCCUCGCCUCAGAAUGGUGGUGGAAUUGCACCGAAAAGUCUCCAGCCUCAUUGAGUAUUUGAAGCAGAAGUGGGCAUACCAGGAUCAAUGGAUUCUUAAGAGUCUCAUGGAACGAGAAGCUCUGGAAGGAGGUCAGUCUUCGGUGUCUUCCAGCAGGUCUCAGCAGGAUGAGCUGGUCCUGUACCCUGCGGAGAGCAGCACCUUGACCACACUGCCUGGAGUGGCACGUGUGGUGCACUCCAAAGCUUUCUGCACUGUGCACUGGUUGGAAAGUGGCAAGAAUCGUCCCAAUAACAAAGAGCUUCCUGCUGCUCAGAUACUUGGCAUUCACAGCUCCUCUUCACGCCCUGCUUCAAAAUCAGGAAAAGGUGCUGCUCCCACUGGAAGUGUGGCCUCAGGCGCUGCACCAGGAGAAAUCAAAAGGACUGAACCACACAUCGCCGAGGCAUCAUCUGAUCCUGCAAAGCCUGAAGAGAAGAAACCCCCAAAAACUCCUGUCCCACCUUCUCAUCUCCACGAGGAUGGCCACAGACAGUCUGAAGAGGACAAGGAGAAACCCACCAGCAUGGACACAAAUGGCAGCAUACUGGACUCUAAUGUGAGUGACAAGUUAGGUAGUAGCACUCAGAGCUCAGAACAGUGCAAAGAGGAACAAGGCAACAUGACGUCUUCUCCAGAAACUAACCGGACCCCUCCAGCCAAGCCCCUAUUACCCGAGGUGGGAGGGCCUAAAGAACGGACAGUGGAGCAGAUCCGAGAGGAGGGCUGGAGCUCCAGAGACCCAGACAGUGUCACUCUGGCUGAGCUGUACCUCAUGUUUGGAAAGCCCGGGAAGCUUCAGCUGGAGUAUGACUGGCAGCCCACUGCAACUCCUCCUCACAGCUCAGGGAAUGGACAAGAAGCAGUAAAACCCACGAGGAUGAACAGUGUGCUGCGAUGUCUGUUGAAGCUAGUGUCAUCUGAGGCCAAUCCUAAACCUCUGGUUCCAGAGAUGUGCUCCACUGCAACAUCACCGCUGAAAACCACCCAGGAGGAACAUCAAGCUGUCACUCCUCCAGGGAAAAACACUAUAGCGGGCGUACGUAGCCCUAGCUUUAGCCGACAACAGAGUGUCCGAGGGGGUAGGCUUCUGCACCCUAAUGCAGGUGGACGCAGCUUGUCACGCUCACUGCUGGGGUCUGACUCUGAAGGAGGGGUGUUUGCGGUGCCAACUACACUUCCUCCAAACAGCAGUCGCCACAAUAGAAUGUUUUCACCCAACAAGGAGGCUGAGCUGGCCCUGAAGCAACAGCUGGACUCUAUUAGUAUGCAGUCAGAUCUCUUCUUUUCAAGGCAGCGAAAACCUCGAAACAGACAGCUUCGCAAACCGCUUGUUGUUCAGCGAACACUUCUGCCCCGGACAACAGGAGACACCUCACAACAUGUCUGCUCUUUUUCAAUCCUUUCAACUAACUCCUCUGCCACAGGAACCGGUUCAUUCCGCCCAAUCCAAACACGCCUUACUCCUGCACCAAAACCCUCCACAUCUAAAUUCCCUGCAGCCACCACCUCUUCAACAAAUGCUACGCUUUCUAGUACUAUCGACUUGGCAGCCAAAUCUGCUGGCAUCAUUCCUGGGAGCUCUUGUCCGGACUUAAGUUCACCCUCUAUUGAGACCAGCCCUCUCCUCAGCACUGCCCCCCUCAUAGAAGCUCAACCCGAGUCACUGCUUCUUCAGGACCAUGCUCCAGAGAAUGGGCUACCUGCUCCCUCUCCUCCUGGAGCUGGGGGUGGGGACUCACUCCUGUCCCCGCCCAGCGUUGCCUCUCUCCUGGACAUCUCUCUUCCCGGUCCCCCUGAAGAGUCUCUGUCCACUGGAGAACCUCAAACGCACAUCAGUGACUCAAUCAUCGAGUUAGCGAUCAACUCUGCUCAUUUUGGUGAAGAAGAGGCAACGCUGUCCAAACUGACCAGCAGCGAUGGAUCCAAGCUGCUGGCUCCUUCUCCUUCCGUCAGCCCAUCCCGCACCUGGAUGCCCUCCCCCAGCCAUGACCCUCAGUGGUAUCCUAGUGACUCGACGGACUCCACGCUGGGAUGUCUACUUUCCAGUAUGGUCUCUCCUGAUAAGGGAAGAAGAACCACCCUCACCCCAUCUGGCCCCUCCAGCGGCACAGCUCUACUUGGCCCAAGCCUCCUGGACUGCAACUCCCAUGAUUCUUUUCAGUCUCGCGGCCUUCCUGAUGUAGCAGAAGUGGACACUCAGCUGGAAUGUAUGAUGAGCGAGAGCAGUGUGGACUACAUUGCCCGAUUCAAUGACCUGGCCCAAGAACUGGCUGUGACCGAGCCCCCCACUCCUCCCCCAUGAGAGGAGACCCACCAUGUACUGAAAAUACCAUCAUCCUUUGUGUGCUUCAAAUGUAGCACACUUAUCCCCUUUUAGAGCCACCCCUGUCCAGUCUGUAAGUGCAAUAAGAGAGGACAUAUACAGUAGUUUUUAAGCGCGUUAAGAGUGGGUGAACUAUUUAUGGUGCAGCGCUCUUUUUAAUGAUAAAUUUACAAACCUCAUGUACAGGAACAAUAAGACUAUGCCAUAUCAGAACAUUUUUAUUGUUUAUUCAUUGUGAAAGUGAAUGAAGUAGUAGGAGGUGGAAAAGUUCACCAAAAUGCGUAGUUCCGGUGGUCAUACACUUUUGGUUUAAAGGCGCACUAUGUAACUCUUCCGAUGGCUGCUCGUCUCCAUUGCGUUGCCUACAAUGUUCCACUGUAUAACAUUGAACUUAUCUCCAUGGAGACGGGCAGGUGACAGGCGAAGUUACAGGUCAGAUCCAUGGAAAUGCAAGACGGAUACGGUUGAUGCCAGAUUGUGGAACAUUUCAGACAAAGGAAUAUAAUCUCCAUGAAGACAAGCAGGUGGCAAACGCUCUUCCAGAAAAGUUAUAUAGUGCACCUUGACAAAAUUUCAUAAAUAAUCCUACUUUUUUUCAAUGUCUUACAAAUUUCAGCAAAUUUUAUUAUUUCAGUACAUACCAACAAACUACUCACAACACUCCGUCUGAUUUCAACUACUUAUUUACUACUGAAAUAUAUUAUCGAACACUAAAGCCAUAUCCACGCUACUGGUUUAGGCAGUGGACUCUAAUUAAUCCAUGUGAUGUCAUUCCAUAAAAUUCUGUAUUCAAAACCAGCCUUAUUUGAAUACACACACUACUGAUUACAUUCACAUCAGUAUGUUGUAAUGACUGAUUGUCUCACGCCAUACAUAGAAUUUUUAACAAAACGUCAAAAUGAAGCUCUUAUAAUUAAUUCUGUUUGAGUUUUGAUAAAGCUGUUGUAUGUAUGUACUAUAAAUAGUUGUCUUUGCAGUUUUUUUCCCUAAUUGAAGGAUUUUUUUGUAUAUUUGCAGUUCCAGUAUUCACCGCUUUUUGUAUCAUAAUGUAAAUUGUUGUUGGGGCUAUUUAUUACCUUCUGGGGAAAAAGUGUCUUCUGUCUGAUAAGAUAACUCCUUUAACAACAGUAAGAAUUUGGAUUGUUCAGUUUAUAUAAAAAAAAAAUCUUUUUAUUCUGUGGAUAAAGAUGUUAUAAAAGUGUCUUUGAAAGUGUUA